AUGACGAGUCAACAAAGACAAUUAAGAUAUGGUGAACAAGAGGAACAUCAACCGGGAUGUUUUGAAAUAUUUUGUGGUGUACUUCGUGCUUGUGGUCUUAUUUGUUAUGUUGCAUGUCCACCAAUUCCAUCAAAAAUUACAAAUAAGCUUGCUUUUCAUCCACCGCGGAAGGUAAUUUUGAUUUUUUCCCGAAGAAAAAUAUUUGUGAUUUCCAGGGUCUUACCUAUCGAAUUGUUUCGAAAAAUGAACCACAACGAAAAAUCGAAAAUAUUUCUGAAGUAAAAGAUAAUGAUUAUCAAUUGAUAAUUCAUAAUUUGGCAAAUCGAACUGAUUUUAUUUAUAUGGAAAGAGAAGUCGAAGUUUUUACUGCCGAGACUGUUUUCAAAAAUCAUCUGGUGUGUGUAAAAUGUAAAUUACUUGAUCCACCAUUGGAAGAAUCUCUACAAGAUCAAGUCAUUCUGUUUUGUCAACCAAAUUCAUCUGAUUUGGGUGGAUUUUUACAACCAUCAAUGAUGAACUUGGUUAGUUAUGCUAAUCAUUUUCAAGUUGAUAUGUUCGCUUUUGAUUAUUCUGGGUAAAAAAGACACAUUUGCUAAAUAUAUUAUUCACAAGAAUUUUUAUUCAGAUAUGGUUAUUCUUCUGGUUAUCAAUGCGAGAAAAAUGUAUACGCUGAUAUUAGGGCAGUUUAUCAAAAAAUCAGAGAAACACAUCCAAAUAAAAAUAUUGUAUUGAUGGGAUACAGUAUUGGUACAACAGCUGUGAUUGAUUUGGCCGCUGAAAAUCCUGAAGGUCUUGUUGGUGUUAUUUUGGUGGCACCAUUAACUAGUGGAUUACGAUUGGUUUCUGCAAAACCGGCUGAUCCAAAAACGUGUUGGGCAGAUUCAUUCAAAAGGUAUUGAUUUGAUUUUCGAUUAUUUAUUUUGUAUGGUUUUUUUAGCUAUGAUAAGAUUGGAAAUAUUGAGACACGUGUUUUGAUUUGUCAUGGAAAUGUUGAUGAAGUUAUUCCACUUUCACAUGGAAUGGCAUUAUAUGACAAAUUGAAGAAUCCAGUUCCACCUUCUGUAAUUCACGGAGCUGAUCAUCAAACAAUUUUGAAUGGAAGACAUUAUCAAACAUUUGAUCGGAUUUCGUAUUUUUUGAAAAAUGAAACAACAAUUUCAAAUAGAUCUACAGAAGUUAUGACAAGUCAAAGAAUUGGUUUUGACUGA